AUGAAAACCUCAGGGGGGUGAGAGAGUGGCAGAGACAGAGAGCACCCAGGCUGUGAGCCAUGACUUCUCUCGAGCUCUUACUGUUGUUGAACACCGCAGUAUUAUCAGGGAUGUGCUUGCAGUAUGAGCUGGUAUUGAAUAAUGAUGGGCCCAUCAGCACUGGUGCCCAAGGGACAGUGGAGGCCAGGCUGGUGCCCAAGCCUGAGAGCAAGCAGGAGCAGCUGGAACCACAACAUUACUCUUUCCACUGGAACGUGGAGAACCCCCUCACCAUUGUACAGAGUUCAGAGCAGGAACUCCUCUCAUCCAUCACGGUCCAUAGCCUGGCCCCGAAGCUGUACGCUAUCAGUGCUUGGGUGACCCGAAGGGGCUGUUCGUGGUGUCCCCAGCUCGCUCACGGCUCCACUGAACUCCUGGUGACAGACUUUGUGGUGGGAACUCUAUCACUGAAGCAGCCAAAUAGCAGUACCACUUUCUCAAGAAAGGGCUAUGAGCUGGCCACCAAGACCCAAACACAGAUCUCAUUCAUCCUCUACGAUCCAAGCGAUUACUUUGACACUGCUUCAUUUCGUUACUUCUGGUACUUUGGUGACGGGGAGCGAAUGGUCACAAAUAAAUCUUACGCACUUCACAUCUAUCCAACACCAGGGACUUACCAGCUGCAUGUUGAUGUCCUCGCAAACCUCAAUGACUCUCAACAAAGGACUGGAAUUUAUGGUGCUUCACUGAACCUUCUAGAUACAAUCAAAAACAUUGAAGUCAAGAGUCUAGAUGACAUCCAUGCAGACCACAGAAAGACUUUUUACAUAUAUGUUAAUGGCAGUCCUCCACUCAAGAUCUGUUGGCUUGUUUCUCGGAGCUGCGUCUCAGUCAUUGAUCGCUCGUGUGAUCUCAUGGAGCUGCCCAGCUCAACCGUCUCCAAUGUGAGCUACAUCUUCAGGGAUCUGGGACCAUACACCUUCAACGUGAGGGCUGAGAACAGUGUGAGCAGCCUGCAGGCAUGCUAUAAAAUAACGACCUGGAAAAGCGGUAUCCAUCCAGUGUGGUUCAUUGUCCCAUGUGUAACUCUGUUCACCAUCAUUCUCCUCUUUGUCCUGUCCAUCAUCAUGAGAAAGGGCAGUGCUCAGAAAGAUUCCAUUGAGGUAGCGGAUUUUGAUUUCUCUCCAAUGUCAGACAAGUCUGUGAAGGAAGCUUGGGCUCCAUCUCGAGGGACCGUUCACCUCUGCUGCAUCCCCUGUGGCCAUCGGAAGCACAAGUCACACAGCCUCAGUCGAAGAGAAGUCCAUUCGCUCCUGAAAUUCAGUCACACCCAAAUCCAGGUUUACAGCCAAGGACCUGGAAUGUGCUCCUCCAGUCCGCUAUGAAGUCACUUUGUUUUACUUUGCUGAACAAUCUUUAUCAAGUGCCAGACAUGGAUUAAACUACUGAUAGGUGUGUGCCCUCCAUUUCAGUACAGUAUCAAGGAUGUGCUGCCCUGCUGGAGAAGCCAACUUUCAGAUGGAACUUUAACCUGAAACACUGUUUGCUCUGUCAGGUGCUGGGGCACUAUUUUGCAGAACAGCAGAGGGUUACUCUGUGGUGUCCUAGACAAUAUAUAUCCCUUGGCCAGUACUGAAUAAAGAAAAUCUGUACAUUGUCAAAUUAAUGUCUGUUAGAGCUUGAAGUGCAGUUUGGGCUGAUUGGCCAUAGGAAAUGCAGGGUUAUGGGGCAGGGUUCUCAGUUUGGGUGGGAUACUUUCUGUAGGGUUGGUGUAGUCCUGAUGGGCUGAAUGGCCUCUUUCUGCACUGUAGGGUUUCUAUGAGUAUUCAAUGCCUUGUUUCCUACAUUAACAACAUGUCAAUAUGAUGUAAUUGACUGCAAAGCAGAUUGAGACAUGCUGAAGUUGUGAA